UGCUACGUCAUUCCCAAUUAACACAGCAGCAGGGUCAGUCCGCAAUAUCUUAUCAUAUGUCGUUAUAUGUUUGUGCUUUAGAUUCAGUGAAGUCAGUUCACUCUCUGCGACAUGUGAAUGAAGUAUCUACAACUGGAAUAGUGCCUGGCAAUUUUUAUUAUUGGAUUGUAAAUAUCUAUACUUACUUAGGGAGGACUAAUAAUUACAAGAUAACGAAAUAAAAAUAUAUAUAUUUUCAGUGUAAAAUAAAAUAUUAAGUGAAUUAAAAAUGCCGAUUUAUCGUGGCCAGAUGUUUGUGAAAUGGGUGUUCGAGAAUCAGCAUAAAUUCCAAGCAGUUCGUAAAUGCAGUUCCUCGUUGCGUUACAAGGAGGUGGAAGAGAGUGCAACACAAACGCAGCCUGAGCACGUGGCGCCCCCCGCUGACGCGACCUCGCCUGCCCCCGACACACACCCACAAAUCACCCCAGAAAUCUCUUUCAAGUAUGACGACCUGCAAGUGACGCUCGCCGCGCCCUACCAGCUUCAACCGAAACCCGAUGUGAGCGACCUCGGUUUUGGAAAAUACUUCACCGACCAUAUGCUCAGAAUACAUUACCACAAAGAUCUUGGCGGUUGGCAGAAACCAGAAAUAACCCCAUUCGAAAACUUAAACCUCCACCCCGCUGCUAAAGCUCUUCACUACGCUGUACAAUUAUUCGAAGGAUUAAAAGCAUAUAGAGGAGUAGACGAUAAAAUUCGAUUGUUUCGACCAGACUUAAACAUGGAAAGAAUGAACUUGGCAGCACAGAGGUCCGGUCUGCCAACGUUUGACGGCGAUGAGUUAGUGAAGUGCAUGUCGCGCUUAAUCCAAAUAGAUCAAGAGUGGGUGCCGCACUCAGAAACCUCCACGCUAUAUAUACGACCUACAUUGAUAGGCACAGAGCCAACUUUCGGAAUAAUGGCUCCGGAUUCAGCUUUGCUGUUCAUAAUUUUGAGUCCAGUGAGCACGUACUACAAAACCACCGACGACGGGGCAGUGUCAAUAUACGCCGAUCCGAAUGUUGUUCGCGCCUUUCCUGGUGGAGUAGGCAACAGAAAAGUGGGCUCGAACUACGGACCUACUAUAGAAACGACGGCACGCGCUGCGAAAAUGGGCCAUCAUCAGGUGCUAUGGUUGUUCGGACCCGAUCACGAGAUCACUGAAGUCGGCGCUAUGAACAUAUUUUGUGUUUACAUUAAUGAUGCUGGAGAUAAACAACUGAGCACGCCACCAUUAAACGGUCUUAUUUUGCCGGGUGUGACGCGACGCUCGAUCCUCGAGCUGGCCAGCCAGUGGGAGGACCUCACUGUCAAAGAGGAAGUGCUUACCAUGAAUCGUAUUAUAGAACUUAAUAAUAAAGGACGGUUAUUGGAGAUGUUCGGUGCAGGCACUGCGGUAUUAAUCAGUCCAAUUAGCAGAGUUGGAUAUCUAGACCAUGACAUCCGGAUCCCGACCAUGAAGCAAUCUCAGCCAGUGUUCCAACGAGUGAAAGAUACGUUGCUAGCGAUACAAUAUGGUCACAUUGAUCAUCCUUACGCGACUGUCAUUUCAUAGUGCUCACUCCUCGAAUAUGAGGUUUCUAAUGUUAGCAUAAGUACAAUCAGAACGUUUUUUGUGUAAGUGAUAUAUAGUGAAUAAAUGUGUUGUGAAUAAUCAUAUCACGGCAACAACUACUUCUAAGACAUUCUCUGACCAAAAUGCUGUGUAUAGGUGCUUUUAAGUUAUUUAACUGAUAACAUUCGAUGAUAAUUAAAUUUGCACAUAGUGAUGUAGCAAAUAAUUGAAUUUUGAUAUAUAUGAUAUAUGUGAAUCACUUUUGUGCGUCACUAUUUUAUUGUUAUUCGUAUCUAUGGUCUUAGCGUUAUUGCGUAGGUAUAUUAAUAUCGCUUUGUAAAUGUUUUAUUUAUUACUUUUUUCCAUUAGGUUAAUAAUUUUAAACUGCGUUUAUUGUAUCCCACUAUUAUCGAUAUCAAAUCUGAUACCUACUGUAGAUAUUAAUGUAAUAAAAAGUAUAAAAUUUAUACUUUUUAUAUUAUAUAUUUACAACGUAUGAUAAAAUACCUACUACCUAUUUAAGAGCCAGCAUUAUGCAGAAGUGCAUAGUUGCAUACGUUCUGUCGUCAUAUAACUUUCGAGAGUAUUACUUAACAGUGAGUUUUUCGGUGAUUUGAUGUAAAGUUGAUAUAAGUAGGUAUAAUUAUUUUAAAUAAUUUUUAAAGAAAUUAUUCAAUGUUCAUAAGAUUUUCUAAGCCCGUUAAAUCUCAAAUAUCAGUAAAUUAAUCUACCAUAAUAAAAUUGUAACUAGACGACGUCUGUACAGGGGGCACAUUUAAGAUAAAUAAAUAUGAGGGGUAUAAAUAAGCCCAAUAGAUGCCAAAACAAUAGUUUUAGAAUUUUUUGCGUCCGUAUGUUUGCUCCGCCAUCAGUAAAAUUACUUAAUCAAAUUCGAUGCAGUUUUCACGGUUGUGUUUCUGAUGGCCUAAUUUAAAAGCUAGUGUGUGGGUGUAUAUUUCAACUUGAUACGUCAUUUAGAAUUGUUCUAUUUCAUCGGUUUUCCUAAUUUUAAAAUUUACGCGUACGAAGUUGGGGCCAAAUAGCUAGUAAAAUAUAUAACUCAACAAAUCUUGUGCACAAUACUACUUAGUAAGCAGGUACUUAUUUAAGUGCCUAUAUUCGAGUAGGUAUCUUGUUAUGAUUAUUGUUAAUAGGAAAUUUGUAAAUUUUAAUAUACUAAUUAAUUGUUAUAUUUAGGAAUCAAAUCAUGACAUUCUUUAUUAUACACUAUAUGAAUGGGAAUACGCGAUAUCUUAAAAUUUUCCUAUUAAUAAAAGUAACUAUUAUUGUGCCUUGUUUACAUGCACACUUUAUUGCCAAAAAGUACCGAUAGUAAUAACUAUGUUUAGAAUGAACGGUGAAGGAUAAAUACCAGACAUGUAUAUAUAUAUUACUCUGUAUCUUGUUUCUAGAAUACUCUCCCUAAAAAGGUGUACUUACUACAUUUACAAUCUUUUAUACAAAAUUUUGAUUCUAAUUAUAAAUAACUCAAUAAUGUGUAUCUGAUUUCUUAAAUUUUAUGUAUUCUAUGUACUUCUAAUUAGUUUGAUUUGACUAUCUCAUACAUGUAUUUAAAUGUUUCGUUUUAAUCAACCUCAGUUAUGUAAGUAUAUAUACAUAGAUGCACUUAUUUGCAUUAUACUUACUGCUAACUCACUAACUGUAUUAUAACACAAAACACAAGUAUCGUGCCUAACAUGUAAUGUGAUAUUAAAUUUAAUAUACCUAAAUACAUUCAUCUUUAAUGCAUAAAAAAGGCAAGAGAAAUGUAUUUUUACACCAUAAACCAGGUAACAAUCCAGUAGAUAUUCCCGUAAAUCUAACUAAGGAUAUUGCUAAGAAUAUUUAUUAUAAUCAUUAAUUCUAGAUAGAUUUUUAUAAUUCUUCGUGUAUUCAAACGGUUUACAUGUUGGUCUCAUAACUAAAUUCUGUCAAGAUUGAAGUUGCGGUUUUUUAUUAGUGGAACAAAUAUCUUAAAUUAUUGAAUGAUUAUUCUAGGGGGGUUUAUUUCUUUUAUGUUAAAAAUUGUUAGAAAAUAAUUGUGUUUGGUACAAAAAUC